AACGAAAUUUUCGCGUUGAGCGUGAAAGCGCGCAAUAUUUAAUUGCAAAAUACGAAAGCAGUUCAUCCUACGUAAGGAGGAAUUACAGAGGGGGGAGACCACAAGCAACGCCAAGCACACAUGUGUUGUUGUUUUUAUGGUUUUGCAGCAAUAAAACAACCAUACGUGAAGUUAGCAAUCUAUUUAAUAUGUCUUAUUCUUCUGUCCAUAACGUGCUAAAUAAUGUUAUGUCGUUUUUGCUUGAAAUUUCACCGGACAUCAUAAAAUUCCCUGAAAGUGAUACUGAAAAAGAGAUUAUAGCACACGAUUUUGCGGCAAUCUGUGGCUUCCCUAACGUAUUAGGCUGCAUUGCAGAAACCUACAUUUCGACAAGGGCGCCAAAAAAAACAGUUCGUUCCACAUAUAUAAAUAGGCACGAUACUAUUUCCGUGCCCAUGCAGGGUAUAUGCGACGCAAAUUUAAAAUUUAUAGACGUUUUCACUGGUGCACCGAGUAAAGUGCAUGAGUCGCGGUUGUUGAAGUUAUCUUUCAUUAGUAAGAAACUUCCAAAGUUAUGUUUACCAAAAUAUCAUCUGUUAGGUGAUUCUGAUUAUCCGAUCAGAAAUUUCUUGUUAAUUCCAUAUAUGGAUUACGGAAAUUUAACUGAGCAAGAAAAGAUGUACAAUUACAAACUUAGUCAAACUCGGAUGCGAAUAGAAAACGCCUUUGGAUUGUUAAAAUGUCGAUUCCGGCAACUUAUGCGACUAGAUUUUCUUGAAGUUGAGACAACAACGAAGUUUAUAAUGGCAUGCUGCGUACUUCAUAAUAUUUGCAUAGACAAACAAGAUGUUAUUGAGGGAGAAGAAUAUUGCGCUGAACCUGCUUCCGUUCGGGAACAUUUUCAUUCCGAAGUAAGUGACUCUGUUCUUACCGAGCUUGGCGAAAUGAAAAGAAGCCAAAUAAAGUCACUUUUUUGACACGUUUGCUUAAGCCGUGCCAUGAUA